AUGGAUCAAAAAAUCUUCAACUUAAGUUCUGAGACUAAUGAAAUCCCAGAUAAAAAACGUUUUGCUGAUGAGUUUAUUCAACUCUUGUUAAUUCAAUCGUCCUCAUUUCUUGCGAGAAGCUCUCCUGAGCAGUUUAUUCAAUUCUCAUUAGUAGAU